GGCUUCCACAACAGAAGGUCGGCAGACGAAGGGCCAGCGAGGCAAGGCACCCACCACCAGAGAGCAGCGCACCAGCGACUACAACACCAACUGAAGGCUCCCCCCCCCCUUUUGCAGCUCUCUCUCUCUCUUUCUCGCGCAGCCGCAGCCGCAACAGCAACAACAACUGCGCCGCCUUCCCCCCUGCCUUCCUUUCACCAUGGACAUCCAAGACGCAAACCCCAUCCUGUUCGGCCAAAGCAUGGCCCAUCCUCCCAUUGAUGAGACACUUUACCCAAGCAUCGACGAUGUCACCGCUCCGGACGCGGUUGGCGACUCCAACGAGGAUCACGCCGCCCUUGAAUCGAAGCGUGCCCACCUGAAGAAGCUCGGUGACAACGAUGACCACCAUACCUCCCUUCGCUACCGCAGGCCUGUCGCGCGCCUUGAAGACAGUCCUGGCCUGACCCUGCCCGACCAUAACAGUGAGUCACUCAUCGACCCCGGCAACACUCUUGUGCUGGACAUGCCGUCUGCACCAAGCGUGAGCUACGGCUCAACCUCAAGCUCCCCCUCGAGCCACGCCACAAGCUCCUUCACGUACCCCAGUCCUCCCAUGGAUAAUCCGCCCAUGUACAUGCGGCAGCCUUCAUCCACGACAAGCAGCGCAGCUACCACCCACCAGUCCCCGACUCUGCGCGGCACGAGCGGUCCCUCUUACUCGGCCGCGAUGCAUGCGCCCUGGAUGGCACGCAACAGCAUCCCGUCCACCAAGCCUUACGACCAGCGCUCCCAGAGCCAUCGGGUGGGUGCCCCAGGGAUGUACCCAGACCGCACGCGUCGUUACAGCGCCUCACCGGGCGUUUCGCCUUACCAGCCAUCCUACAUGACCACCCUUCAGCAGCAGCACCAGCACCCGAAUCAGUAUUUUUCAAGCAGCGCCAGUGCCAGUGCCAGCAGCGCUAGCAGUGGUACCAGCACGUCCACUGCCUCAGGCAACACUUCUCCCAACAGCGUUGGCUCAAGCCCCGGCAGCGGCACCAGCAGCAGCUCGUCCAGCGCUUCCUCCAGUGGUGCUACCUCGCCUGGGACUCAAGUUGACCAUCCCCCCACGUCACCAAUUCCAGACGACUACAUCUCCGUCUUCCCCUCGGACCUCAACAUGGACGGCUCGGACCCCUUGCUGGAUUCCCUCGACGAGGAGUUCGACGACCGCCGCACGCACCUCUUUGAUAGCAACUUCUCCAUGCUGCCUCCUGAUUCGGCUCAGACCGAGCUUUCGCUCCAGCGCGUGCAGUCCACCGAAAGCGUCGGCCUGGACACCAUGGACUCGGACUUCAACAGCGUCAGUGCCCACUUUGCCAUGUCCCCCAUGCGCAGCAGGCUCUCCUCCUCCACAAGCGCCAGCAACCCGUCCACUGGCAGCGAGGACACCAUCACUGCCCUGUUUGACAGCCCCGAGAGCGCAUUUGAGGAUGGACGGCCCACCCUCGGCAUCGACGCCUCUGGUGGAUUCUAUCGCCUGGACGAGCAACACACUCACCCCUCAAUGUCGUCCUCAAGCGUGGCCCACCAGCAGCAGCAGCAGCAGGGCGGCCUUCAUCACAUGCCCGUGCAGGGGCAGCACAUGCAGCUUCACCACCAGCAGCCAUACCCUUCAGGCAGCCCCUCAAGCGUUGGGCAGCAGGGGCAGCAGCAGCGACGCAAGUCUGCGAAGCGCACUGCGCAGGAGGCCGCACCGCGCGGUCAGGUCACCAAGAAGGCCCUGCGCACCGGCAACAGCACCCCUGCCAAGGGGGACAAGCGUGAGCGCCACAACGCUCGGGAGCGAGGCCGCCGUGAGGCGCUCAAGGCCGCGUUCAGCCGCCUCGAAGCAGCCGUCUUCCCAGAGGUCGAUGGCGUCCCGGCCCCCAGUGGCAAGAGCAGCCGGCCAAAGGCAUUCAUCCUCAACUGCGCACUCUACACCCUUGCGCGCCGCGACAAGUGCUGCAUGCUUUCCUGGGUGUUGCAACAGCACUCUGGCCAGACAGGCCGUCCGUUUGAAGUUGACAUCCAUGGUCCCGAGCCGUCCCGCCCGCUUCCAGCUGACAUCAUCAUCAAGCAACGCCGCGCCAUCGCUGACCUCAUUGUGUGGGUGCUCAACGCCCACCGCGCCAGGCGCAGGCUGCCCCUGCAGCCCCACGUGGACGCCCCUGCGCAGCCUUCGAGCGCCAAUGCCAACGCCGCCGAGCGUGAGCGCGAGCGUGUGGAGUGGGCCGACACGCUCCUCGCCUGGGAGGAGGCGACAAGGCAGCACAACGAAUCCGUUGGGCGCACCGUUGCCGUUGCCGACCCUGACUCGCUCGACAUUGGCGCCGUGUACUACACGCCCAAGUCCCCUUAUGACCAGCAGGAGCAGGCCGCGGCCAACCAGCGCGCAACGAGCACCGAGUCCCACAACAAGAACGAGCGUGGUCGCAGAAUGUACGAGCGCUUCACCAUGGGCCAACUCUCCGUUGCCAGCAACAUUGAGCGCGAGAGUAUGUCGGAGCAGAAGUUUGUGGAGGCCGUCUGCGAACGCAUUCAGUUUUUGCAGUCAGUCCGCUCCAACAAGCUCGACUGCCAGCUCACCCCAGAGGAGCUGCGCCAGUUUUGCUCAUCUUUUGGUGAUGACAAGAAGCGCUCCUCCAAGUAGGCUACGACCAAGCUCCACCCCCACUCUCUAUUGCACUCACUGCCACCUCUUUUAUAACACACACACACAUAUCUACUACUACUACUACUACUACUACUACUACUACUACUUCUACUUCUACUUCUAUUCAUUGCUUUUGAAGCGCAACACUCCCUCUCCCAUUUGGUUUUAGCUUUUGGCACUGCACCGUCUGUGUGCUUGGUACUUCCUUUUUCGUUGCUUGCGCGGUCGCUGCGCUCCUGAUCUCGUUUUUUGGGGGGUGUUCCUCCUCGCAGAGGUGCCCACCCCCUGACUGCUAGCUUCCACUCACGUGUUUCGACAUGACCUUUUAUUCUCUCCAUCAGACCCCUUUGUAUUUGGCCGCGAUCUUACUGCACUGACCGAAACUGAUAUGCUUACGUGAUGAUGCGAUGCUGCGGCUGCCUCCUGGCUUGUCGUUUGCUUGCUUGCUUGCUUGCUCUAUUGGCCUAGCUCUUGCUUUGCCUCCCUUCCCCCGUCCCCUCCACGGUGGGCUCUGUUGUCGUGAAUGUGGGUCUGUCGCUUUGUGACUUGUGUUCGUUUGCCUGUUUGUCCUCACCUGCCCAUGCUCGCCCCUUUCUGUCUUUGAUUGCUUUCUCAAUUUGCCCUAAAAUACACGUGGCGCUCUCUGCAUUCAAUCUUUAAAGAAUCA